UGUGAUAUGCGGCCAAUAGAGAGCACUGUUCACCAAGCAUCAGACGAAUAUUCGGUGUUUUCUUCACGCUGCUUAUUACAGGAAUCUGAUUCAAAGAAAAAGCCUGAAAGCGCUACAUGGCAGUGCAGAAGAAACAAGUAGAGCGCGUGGUCACAUCCAGCUCGUUUCACUAUGCGCUCGCGCUGCUAACGGUCACAGUCCGGUAAGACUGCAGGACAGCGGCACGAGCUCACGCGCUUUCUGCUAUAGGACCAGUGAUGGAGGCGGCAGCCGACGGGGCGAGCAGCCUGGCUGAGGCCGAGGAUGGCAGCCCGUUAUCCGGAGACGAACCGGAGUUUGGGGUCGGUGACAGCCAAGCAAUGGAUCCAGAUGCUGUCAGAAAUGCUUUCAUCUCAGAGAUGGCAUCAUCUUCAGGCCAGCCAGGCCUCGGGAAAAAGAUCGGACACAGAGGGGUGGACGCUUCUGGAGAGACGACAUACAAGAAGACCACAUCAUCAGCACUGAAAGGAGCCAUCCAGCUUGGUAUCGGCUACACGGUGGGCAAUCUGAGCUCCAAGCCCGAGAGAGACGUCCUCAUGCAGGACUUCUACGUAGUGGAGAGCAUCUUCUUUCCCAGCGAGGGGAGCAACCUGACGCCGGCCCACCACUAUCCCGACUUCCGUUUCAAGACAUAUGCCCCUGUGGCUUUCCGUUACUUCAGGGAGCUGUUUGGGAUUCGCCCCGAUGAUUAUCUGUACUCUCUAUGUAACGAGCCGCUGAUCGAGUUGUCGAACCCGGGAGCCAGCGGUUCUGUGUUCUAUGUCACCAAGGAUGACGAGUUCAUCAUCAAGACUGUCUUGCACAAGGAGGCGGAGUUCCUACAGAAGCUUCUGCCUGGGUAUUACAUGAACCUUAACCAGAACCCUCGCACACUGCUGCCCAAGUUUUUCGGCUUGUACUGCGUGCAAUCCGGAGGAAAGAACAUCCGAGUGGUUGUCAUGAACAACAUCCUGCCCAGGGUGGUACGCAUGCACCUUAAAUACGACCUAAAGGGCUCUACAUACAAGCGCCGGGCCUCGAAAAAGGAGCGAGAGAAGGCAAAGCCAACAUUUAAAGACCUCGACUUCAUGCAGGACAUUCCUGAGGGCCUGAUGCUGGAUGUUGACACUUACAAUGCCCUUGUCAAGACGCUCCAGAGAGAUUGCUUGGUGCUGGAGAGUUUUAAGAUCAUGGAUUACAGUUUGUUGCUGGGGCUUCAUAACCUCGACCAGGCUGAGAGGGAGCAGAACAUCGAGGGCUCUCCGAGUAGCAGUGACGGGAAGAGACCACCAGCACAGAAAGCCCUCUACACCACAGCCAUGGAGUCCAUCCAGGGAGCCUCAGCCUGCGGAAAGGACAUCGACACUGACGACACGAUGGGAGGCAUCCCAGCAGUGAACAGUAAAGGAGAGCGUCUGUUGCUGUACAUUGGCAUCAUUGACAUCCUGCAGUCCUACAGGUUAAUAAAGAAAUUAGAACACACAUGGAAAGCUCUCGUUCAUGACGGGGACACAGUGUCUGUGCACCGACCUUCUUUCUAUGCAGACAGAUUCUUCAGAUUUAUGAGCAGCACAGUAUUUCGGAAGACCUCCUCCUUGAGGUCUUCUCCCUCAAAGCGUGGCCGAGGAAGCCUGGCUAUGCCCAAAUACUCAGGGCCUGGAGCUGCAUGGUCGAUCAGCCAGCUUCCCUCUGAGAGAGACAACAACAUUUACGACCUUCGAGGGGCUCGCAGCUUCCCCACACUGGAGGACGAAGGUCGCUCAGAUGUUCUUCCCUGCACACCUCCAUCAUUUGAGGAUGCCACCACAGCCUCCAUUGCCACCACACUCUCCUCCACCACCUCUCUCUCCAUUCCAGAACGCUCCCCAUCUGACACCUCUGAGCAACCCCGCUACAGGAGACACACCCAGUCUAGCCAAGACGGAACGACACAGGAGGAAGAUCAGCAGACCAUCACAGUAGAGGUGGAGUUGAAAAGACAAGACAGCGAGCCUACGCUCAUAGCACCACAACCUUCUCCAGAGACAAGUGAGGAGUUGGAGCUCUGUGCAGAAGCUUCCUGUUCCACAGUUCCCGUGAGUCCUAAAAUCGUGGUGGACUCGGACUGCACUAGUCAAGCCUCCGGCUGCCCCAGCCACUCCUCUGUAGACGAGGAUGAUGAUGUGCCAAUCACUGAUAUCUACUUUCCUUUGGAGGAGAGGAGCUGGGUUUAUUCUCCUCUGCACUACGCUACAGACUCUAGGUCUCUGCCCACAGGGGAUGAGGACAGCGAUACACAGUGAGUGCGACUACUCCAGUGAUCCCUCAAGCGUGACGUGGCUUCCAACUCAACUCAACUGACCAAACUUCCUACCACAUUUUUUUAACUGACUGGUGUGUUCGAUCCUCGUCUUCUCAUGAUCCAAAACCCCACGCAGGCCGCAGUGUGAAGCUUUGUGCUGAACGUACACUAGCAUCAUUCUCCUGUCGUUUUCUGCCAACCAGUAACAGCUGCAUUCAUUAAGAUAACAUUCCUGUAAUUCAUAAAAAGUUUUUUAUUUUGUUUUUUACUUUUCUAUAUGUGUGAUUCUCUGAGUGUGAUACUGUGAACAUGCUUUCAUCUGUAUAAAAAAUAUGUUUGGUGUGUAACAUGAGUGUGGAGAAAGCUUGCUCUUGCUUGUAUACUUAAAGCAUCUAUAUUCUACAAUUAAGGUCUCUCCGUGAUAUAAUGAACUACUGGUAAUGUUAUAUUGUCAGCUAUAUCAGGAGGUGGCAAAUGAUCAGUUCAAAUUGAUGCAAUUCUCUUCGUAUAGCGCUUUUUAACAAUGGACAUGGUCCCAAAGCAGCUUUACAGUACAUGAAUAUACUUUAAAUUUAUCCCUAAUGCGAGAGCCAGGUGCAAUAGUAACAAGAAAAAACUCCCUGUAACAUCAUGAGGACAAAAACAUGUGAGGAACCAGAUUCAAAAGGGAAACUGGACUCGUCUGGGUGACAGUGGAUAGUGUGAUUUAUAAAAUGAAUUUAAAAAAAAGAGUUUCUCUAUAACUCUACUGUAUGGACAAAAGCCAGGUACAAUUUUACUGAAAUGAAAAUUUUGAAAAUAACAUUUAUUGACGUUCCAUUUUAUGCAAGCUGUUAUGUAAACAUGGAUGAUUUGUAGACUGGGGUAUUAAUAAUGUCUGAUGUGUUUUUUUUUGGGUUUUUUUUUGAUGAAUUCAACUCCUGUAGAUUUUCUUAUUCCUCUAAAGAGUCAUUCAAAAAACUUGAGUUGAGUUUAUAAAGUACUGUUACAGCUUUCUAACGUGGUGAUUUAAGUGGGAAUGACCAAGCGGAAGUCAACAUGGAUGUGUUAAUUAAACAUUAGUUGAUAUUUAUCUACACACAAUAUAUUGAAUUACAGCAGAUUUUAUGAGGGCUGUUUGGGGUUAAAGACAGCAUCAUUUCACACAGUUUCCUAAAAACUCUUCCUUUCUAAUACUUUAUUUAAAUGUUCCACAAAUCAAGCAUUUUCUUUGCUGAAGGCCUAUCUUUAAAACCAAUGGGAAUGCUUUCCUCUUAAGACUGUUCUAUCACAGCACUUUAUUUCAUUAUAUCACGAUCGUUUGAGCAGGAUGCAAGUUUUCCACCAAUGUUGUGAUCUACACUGCAGGAAAGGAUUAAAAAUCUUGUUCAAAUGUAUAAUUAUUUGUAAGUAUAGAGUAAUUUAAGUGUGUAUGUGUUUGAAAGUGUAAGUGUGAGGACGUGUGAUUUAAUAGAUAUUUGAUGGGUGUUAAAAUGCUGAUCAUGGUCACAAUGCUGUUGUGUGAUAUAAUGGACCUACAGCAGCAAUACAGAGUGUUUGUACUUUUUGGUUGCCUUAUUUAUUUCUCAUUUGUAGUGUUCUGAUACCAUAGUUAGUGACUCACUAAUUAUAUGUACAUGGGAAAAAAAGUAUAAAUACAAAUAAUGAAGAAAUACUAGACUAUAUUUUAUCCUGUGGAUUUGGAGGGGUUUUUUUGUUUUGUUUUGUUUUGUUUUUUUUAAACUUCCCUCAAGCUGCACAUAAAAACGAAUCAAGUGAAUUAAGCAGAUUCUCCCCAAGAUGAAGAGCAUGCAGUCAUAUUUGCGUUUCAGACGUCGCAUUGUACCGCACGUGGGAACUUUCAUGAAUGUGCAAGAGUAUCGACAUCGUCUUCUAAAAGUUGUCUGUGUAUGUGUGGUUAAAGAUGUGUGGCCCUGAUCAAUUAGAAUAAGCAGUGCUGUUGAGAACAAGCAUUUUGUCAUUGGAAAUUGUAAAUAUAUAAUGAAAAUUAAAAAUGAAAAAUUAAC